AUGCGGGGUGUGUGCGUUCCUCUUCGAUUCACGCUUUUGUUUGCUGUCCUAGGCGCUGUGUCUGCUGCUCCUUGGGGUUUGCGGGAACAAGAAUUCGAGCGAAGGCACGACAGCAAGUUGGAUUCUCUGCUUCUAGCGCGACUACUCGACGGCCUGCAGCUGGAGGACUACGAUCUCUCGCUUCCCCUCGCUGAAUACGCUGAAAAUCGUGGCAGGUACAAGCGAAACUAUGCACGACCCGCCAUCCGCAUGGGCUAA